CGAAACAGUAUUCCGCAACACAUACGCACGCGCAUUGCACGUGCUUACAAUCAUAUAGUAACACUUCGUUCGUUCUCUGCUGAUCAUAGUCUAAUUUCCGUAGAAUAUACCAAAAAGGAAACGAUAGCCGUACCAUAGAUUGAAAGAAAUAAAAGCACGAGAGUUCACGCUGUAGCCACAACUUAUUGUGAUCUAUUGCAGUCUAACAGUAAUAAUAAAUUUGAAUAGUGAUAUCAUGACCCAAAGAUCAAAUUCCGUAGACAUUCGAGACCUACAAGAUAUACAGACACCCUUUGGAGUAUGUUUAUCAGGAAUCUAUAAAAGGAGUUUUGCUUAUAUAACAAUUAAAGAUAGAUUACCAGUAAUUUUAACAAAAAUAAUUGAUACUCUCAGUCGUAACAAAGAAAAUAUUGCUGAAAUAUAUGGAGAGAAUGCCACAGAAGAAAUUAAACAAAUAACAGGAUUUAUCAGUAAAUUAAAAAAUGAAAUAGCAACAAAUAAAACUUUAAAACCUCUACAAUUGCUACCUGAUAGUAAAGACAAUGAUGCUGAAGAAUGGAAUAAAUAUCUAAUAAAAAGAACUGAAAUAGAGGAGGGAACACCAACAUGGUUUAAUACUUCUUGGCUAUAUUGUGAAUGCUAUAUGUAUCGGGCACUUGCACAAGAAUUUGCUCUCCUGAAAUCUAUGAAAAACUAUGAUCCUUUCGAACAACAGAAACAGAAUGCAUUUACAAAUUCACUGGCUAGCAUAGAAGCACUUUCUACUUAUACUGUGAACCUCAUACAUAAAGUAGGAAAUCUAUCGAUAGUCGAAACCAAAGACGAACUUUUUAAACUUCUUAAAUCAAAUCUUUGGGAAUAUAUUCUUUGUAGAUGUGAUUUAUCUUUAAGUGCAGGAGCAGAAGUUAGUCAAAGUACUAAUCCUAUAGAAGUAUUAAAGACAUUAGAUAAAGACAUUCUUGUAAACAAUUUAGAAUUCGUUUGGAAUUUAUUAAGGAACAAAGACAGUGAUGAUACAAAUAUUGUAGAUAUAAUACUUGAUAAUGCAGGUUAUGAAUUGUUUACUGAUUUAUGCUUAGCAGCAUUCUUAAUUGCAAGUAAACUUGCCAGAAAAAUCAGGUUUUAUGUAAAACGUUAUCCAUGGUAUAUCAGUGACACAACAGCAAAUGAUUUUCACUGGAUUCUAACAUACAUGGAAAAUUCACCAAAUGAAAGUAUACAAGAAUUAGCUAACUAUCUGAAGAAUAAUGUAUGGUCUAUUGAGGUAGAACUAUAUUGGACAAGUCCUUAUGAUUUUGCAGAGAUGAAGAAACGUGACUCAAAAUUAUAUGCUAAAUUAUCAGAAGCUAAAUUAGCAAUAUUCAAAGGUGAUUUAAAUUAUAGGAAAUUACUAGGAGAUAUAAAUUGGGAAUAUACAACAGAAUUUAAACAAUCAUUAAGAGGGUUUCAUCCAACAAAUAUCUUAAGUUUGAGAACUGUAAAAUCUGAUGUAUGUGUUGGUUUAGUACCAGGUGUAGCAGAAGAAUUAUUUAAGGAAGAUGAAAGUUGGAUGUUUACAGGGCAAUAUGGACUUAUUCAAACUACAAUAGCUGGAACUUGUCAAUGUUCUAACAAAACAUGUUAAAAUUCUAUGAACCAUAAGAUAUCAGAAACAUUGAACUAUGAACAAAUUUCUAUGUGCUGCUGCAUAUAUUUUGUAUUAAAUGUGUACUAUUCACAGUUCUGAUGCAUUUCAUCCAUUGUAUAUUCAGUGUACAGAAUUGAUUGUAUAUAUUAUGUAUAGUUUAUCAAUUUCCAACUACAAAAAUUACAUAUAUAAUCCAAUUAUUAUAGCAGUUAAUGAACACAUACAUGAUUAAUGAUUAUUUAAAUUGUAUAAUAAGUAUGUGAUGCAAGCUAUGAAAAUAAUUAUCAAAAGCUACUCUAUAAUUAUAUUUCAGUAAUUAUGUCUUUAGUAAUUGUCUUUUUGAAUUUCUCAUACAAAUUUCUAAAUAUGUAUUAUAUUUUGUAUUAUAAUAUUAGUUUUGUAAUUGAAAUUUCCAUACUACAAACUAUUUUUCCAAAAUAAAUGAUUUAUUAAUUAUAGAUAAAAUACUGUACACGCAUAAACAUAGAACAUAAAAUAAAAUUUUGCGAAUUCUAUUUCAAAA